AUGGCUACUACUGUCGACUUUCUUACCUCCAACUCUAGCAUACUUCAUGUCCUCAUAGCACUGAUUGCUGUGACCGGAGGCUACUUGCUACAUAGCAGACGAAAACUUCCUCUGCCUCCGGGUCCUAAAGGGCUUCCCAUUAUCGGGAACGCUCUAAAUUAUCCAACGAAGACACCUUGGGUAAAGUACGCUGAAUGGAGUCGAGAGUAUGGUUCCGACGUCGUCUACGCCAAGAUCUUCAACACGUCGAUGGUGAUACUCAACUCUGAAGAGGCGAUCAACGAUCUAUUCGUGAAACGAUCCACUAUCUACUCGGACAGACCUCGGCAUAUUAUGGUGAAUGAACUCAUGGGGUGGUCCAGAAACCUUCAUAGCAUGGCAUAUGGAGAAACCUGGCGAGCGGGUCGGCGCUUGUUUUAUCAAGAAUUCAAUCCCAAUGCAUCGACUCGUUUUCGACCACAUAUGUUGGAGGCUAGUCGCGAGCUUCUUACUCGUCUCCUCAAAGACCCUGAGAACCUAGUAGAACAUCUUCGCCACAUGUCGGGUUCAGUUUCAAUGGACAUUGCCUAUGGCAUGAAACCGCAAGAAAGGGAUGAUCCGUUCAUUGCCUGCUCCGAACGCGCUGUGGCUGGCGUCGUCCGUGCAUUUAUCCCUGGUGCAUUCAUGGUGGAUAUGAUACCUAUUCUAAGAUACAUACCAGAAUGGGUUCCUGGAGCGGGCUUUCAGCGUCUAGCAAGACAAUGGAAGAAGGAAACAGACGAUACCUUUGACUUACCGUGGGCAGCCGCGAAGGAACGCAUUGCAAUGGGGUCUUUCACUCCGUCGUUUACGUCGUUCAGUCUCGAUCAAAUUGCAGACAAGGACGAUACACCCGAAGCGAAAGCCCAGGAGGAAGGGAUAGUAAAAAACACUGCUGCCUCGAUGUUCCUAGUCGGAUCAGACACAAACAUUGCCCCGUUGCAAUCUGUCUUUUUAGGUGUUCUCUCAAAUCCAGGAGCUCAAUGUAAAGCACAAGAGGAGCUCGAUCGCGUUCUUGGUCCAGGAAAUCUCCCUGACUUUAGCCACGUAGACGAUUUACCAUACGUCACUGCUCUGGUCAAGGAAGUUCUUCGUUGGCACGAUCCGGCACCUAUCUCUCUCACGCAUCGAGUAACAGAAGAGGACAUAUAUAAAGGAUAUCGAAUUCCGAAAGGUUCUUUCGUUGUUUCCAAUCUCUGGGCUUUGUUACACGAUCCUGAUGUGUUUACCGAUCCCAUGGACUUCAAACCGGAAAGGUUCUUGCGUCCAGACGGAACGUUAAAUCCUGAUAUUCGUGAUCCCAGAGAUGUCAUUUUCGGUAUCGGUAGGAGAUACUGUCCAGGGCGAUACGCUGCCUAUGACUUUGCCUGGAUUGCCAUAGCAUCUCUCCUCACUGUUUUUAACAUUACACGUGCGGUGGACGAGAAUAAUGUACUGAUUGAACCAACGUAUGAGUAUACUUCAACCGUCAUCAGUGUGCCAUUGCCAUUCAAAUGUGCUGUCAAGCCACGAUCCAAAGAAGCUGAAAAGUUGAUUAUGUCUGUGGAAAGUAAUUGAAAUCGCCAGUACCUUCGGAUGUGACACUUUGAAAACUGGCGCUCACCGUUGAGAAAGUGAUUCUGC